AACAGUUUAGCACCAUAGUGUCCAGAUCAACACGCCGUUUGAUCUGAGAAGACCCAACUUUACUUUAUUCACUGGAAACUGAUGCGAGCUGAAGCUUGUGUGCCUGCAGCAGCCUCAGAACUGUCAUCGUCGCUAGAGAACCACAGAUCCCUCCCAGCAUCUCUGUCAAACAUACGUAGUGAUUUGUAAUUUCUUUUUUUUUAUCCAUAUUCAAAUCCUCUCAGUCACAUUUGAUCAUGUCUGCUUUGCAUUAGCGUGUCUUCAAGAGCUAAUCUGCAGAGCUCAUUCGUCCCUCUUCAAGUUUUUGAAGAACGUUGGAAGCAGUGGAGAAAAGGCCAGAUUGUAUAAAUCUUGUGUUUAUCAAAGGUUUUCACAACUGAGGAAAAAUGCCGGUUGCCCUUGGUGGUCCCCAAGGCUACACCCCACCUGAGGGUGGAUGGGGAUGGAUGGUGGUGGUUGGGGCCUUCAUCUCUAUUGGCUUCUCCUAUGCAAGUGCCAAGUCGAUCACUGUCUUCUUCAAGGAAAUUGAGGUGAUUUUCAACGCGAGCAGCAGCCAGGUGUCCUGGAUCUCCUCCAUCAUGUUAGCAGUCAUGUACGGCGGAGGUCCUAUCAGCAGCAUCAUGGUUAACAAGUAUGGGAGUCGUCCUGUCAUGAUGGCGGGAGGAUGCCUGUCUGGAAUCGGUUUUGUUUCUGCCUCUUUUUGCAACUCUGUGGAAGCACUCUACUUAUGCAUUGGUGUGUUGGGAGGGUUGGGAUUGGCCUUUAACCUCAACCCUGCCCUCACCAUGAUUGGAAAGUAUUUCUACAAGAAGCGACCCAUAGCUAAUGGGAUUGCCAUGGCUGGUAGUCCUGUUUUUCUCUGUACUCUGGCUCCACUCAACACUUGGUUCUUUGAUCAGUUUGGCUGGAGAGGAAGCUUUCUGAUCCUGGGCGGCCUGCUCCUGAACUGCUGUGUUGCUGGUUCCCUCAUGAGACCAAUAGGACCCAAACCCAAACCUGCAGAAAGGACCAGUGAAAGGAGGACCGUAAUGCAAACCAUUAACAGCUUCAUUGACCUCUCUCUGUUUAAGCAUCGUGGAUUUUUGCUCUACAUAAUGGGCAAUGUCGUCAUGCUGUUUGGUCUUUUUGCUCCACUGGUGUUCCUCUCCAACUACGCUAAGAGUAAAGAUAUACCUAAAGAGAAGGCAGCUUUUUUGCUGUCUGUGCUAGCCAUUGUUGACAUGGUUGCUCGGCCCUCAAUGGGCAUUGUGGCCAACACAAAGUGGGUCCGACCAAGAAUACAGUACUACUUUGCUGCUUCUGUCUUGUAUAAUGGGGUCUGCCAUGUUCUGGCCCCAUUGUCUGUUGACUACAAAGGUUUUGUUAUUUAUUCCAUCUUCUUUGGCUUUGCUUUUGGUUGGCUGAGCGCAGUGUUGUUUGAGACCUUGAUGGAUCUCGUUGGAUCCCAGCGUUUUUCAAGUGCUGUAGGUCUGGUCACCAUUAUGGAGUGUGCCCCUGUGCUGUUAGGACCGCCAUUGCUUGGAAAGUUCAAAGACAUCUACCACGAUUACAAAUACACGUAUCAGGGCUGUGGGAUCGUCCUCAUCGUUUCCAGCGUGUUCUUGUUUGUAGCGAUGGGAAUCAACUAUCGGCUGGUAGACAAGGAGAAAAAGGAGGAAGAGAGGGUGGCCAGGAUGACAGUUAGAGAACCAACUUCCAACAGAGAAGGGGCAGAAGUCAAGAACACAGAAGACUCGGUCUAGUGGCCUGCAUCAUGUCGCUGUACUUUUUGAUGCAAACAAAAGCUUUUCAGAGAUAUUUGCUGCUGUGCUCUACCUUCACGUUGUGCUGUUUCAGAAGUUACUGAAACCAUACACUUGUUAAACAUUUCCAUACUUAUGAAAUCCCUUUAAAUUCUAAUAAAAAUCAACAUAAAAUACCUCUUCUUUGCAAUGAGAACAAUAUCUAUUGCUUUCUCUUGGGCAAGUGUGUCUUUCAAGUCAGAGAGUGUUACUAAAUCUUCAAACGUUAUGCUCCUGUUGCAUUCUGUAUUUUAAACUUUAAAUACCAGCAGUUAUUUUGUUAUAAAGAGCUUUAUAUUUUGGAAACCAGGCAUCUAUCUGUGUGCAUUUGGCUUUACUUCCAAGUGAAACUCACAGCGUUGUGCAUUUUUUUAAGUCUGCAAAAACUUUAAUGCAUGCUCGUAACUUUAUAUCUGAAAACUUAUUUAGACAGAAUCUCUAUUUCACUUUCAAACAUUUCCUAAUUGUUGUGAUUAUAUGGCUAGCUUUAUGCAUGUUAGCAUUAUAAAUAUGUGGAACACUGACUACUAUUUUCUGUAUAUAUGGAACUUAAAGAGAUAAUAAAACACCAUCUAUCAAA